AUGACUGUAAGAGAAAAUCAGCUGAGUAUCCGCUGUGAUUCUUGGUAUGAGGAUCCUCGUGUACUUUUGCCGACUAGUUUGUAUACCUGCAAAUCGCUCGCGACUCUGAUACUUGACGGCAAAUCGGUUUUUGAUGAUAUCAGUGUUUAUGAUGAUAUCGGGGAGCUUCUUAAAUCAGUAACCUCUGUCAAACGCCUUUCUUUAUGCCCAUCACUCUUUCAAGGAGAGGUAAUUCUGCUGUUUCCAUCUAAUGAUUCAACACGAAUUCCUUCUUCCUCUCUUGUUAUUUCUGCGUAUCCUGCUGGUACUAUCUUUAAUCAGCUGGAACAUCUGGAGCUAGAUAUAAACUACUAUGACUGGAAGGAUUUACUUGUCAACUUGCUCCAAGAUUCUCCUAAACUUCUUAGUUGA